AUGCCAUUACUUGCAGAGAAAAUGGUCCCGAUACCCAACAAAGAUCUAUUGUCAUGGACGUUUGAUGAUUCCAAAUACGAUCCUAACAAACCAAUUUAUGUCGACGCAGCUGAUCCGACACGAUCGAUAUCUGCAGCACAAGCGAAACUGCUGAUUCGGAAACUAGCAGUAGGAUUCCACGCCGUCGGGGUCCGUCAUGGCGACUGCGUAUGCGUGCAUGCCUUCAACGACAUAUACUAUCCCAUCUUGUUCCUUGGUAUCAUUGCCGCGGGUGCCGUCUUCGUGGGAUCCAACCCAGCCUACACUUCGUCUGAACUGACCCACCACUUUGGCACAUCCCAAGGACGAUUCAUUCUCACAGAUCCGACCUAUCUUGACCCAAUCUUGCAGGCCAGCCAGAAUUGCAAGAUCCCUAGAACAAAUGUCUUCAUCUUCGAUCCCCGGGGAGGAGAUGACAAGCGAGACAUGGCCCCGAGAUCUCGAGAUUGGACAUGGCUGCUGGACCAUGGUGAAAGAGACUGGCAUCGUUUCGACGACGAAGCCGUUUCCCGAACCACAACCGCAGCAAGACUCUUCAGCAGUGGCACAACGGGACUUCCCAAAGCCGCGUCGAUCUCUCACUAUAAUCUCGUUGCCCAGCACACGCUCGUUUUCGACUUCAACCCCGUUCCUUACAAGGUUCGUCACGCAUCGUUCUUGGCGUAUCUUCCACUGUUCCAUGCAGCCAUGACACCCUUUGCGCUUGUCGCGCCGUUACGGGCUGGUCAAGUUACGUACGUGCUGAAAAGGUUUGAAAUUGAGGCUUUGCUCCGGUCAAUCCAUCGGUAUCAGAUCACCGACAUUGUAUUCGUUCCUCCCGUCGUAGUCGCCAUCCUCAAAUCCUCUUUGGCCCAAAGGUUUCCUCUCAAGUCGCUGAAGAACGCCAUGAGUGGAGCGGGGCCUCUCGAUCGACAAAACCAAUCUGCGCUGCAGCAAUUACUCGCGCCAGAUGCAGCUCUGAACCAGGUCUGGGGCAUGACGGAAACGACGUGUGUGGCAUCGAAAUUUUACUACCCGGAACAGGAUGACACGGGUAGCGUGGGCUAUAUGAUGCCAAACAUAGACGUCAAGGUUGUUGACGAUGAUGGAAAGGAUGUGACCGGCGCUGAAAAACCUGGUGAAAUGUGCAUUCGUGGUCCUACCGUUAUAAGCGAAUAUUUUCAAAACGCCAGGGCCACGGCGGAAUCCUUCGACAGCCAAGGCUAUUUCAAAACAGGAGAUAUCAUGUAUCGUUCCUCGGCGAGCAAGAAAUGGUAUGUCGUAGACCGAAAGAAGGAAUUGAUCAAGGUGCGCGGGUUCCAGGUUUCGCCGGCCGAGAUCGAAGGCGUCCUGCUUACGCACCCGGCCGUGGCGGAUGCAGCGGUCAUCGGCAUCAAAGACGACAACGAUGCGACCGUGGGACUGCCGAGGGCAUAUGUGGUGAAGAGGGAUGGUGGUACCGCAGAGUUGAGCAAGAAAGAGCUCAUAUUAUUCUGCGGCGAGAGGCUGGCCAAGUACAAAGCACUGACAGGCGGAAUCUACUUCGUUAACGUCAUACCGCGGAACGCUGCUGGCAAGGCCUUGAAACGGAUCUUGCGUGAAACGACUCAGCGCGGAGGUCGACCUCGAGACCAGAGACUGUGAGCUGCAAGAGGAGGAUGAGUGAUUGUGCAAGAACAGAGUGGACACUGUACGUAGACUCUGGGUAGAAGAUCGGAG